AUGAUCUCCAACAAGACUGCCCUCGUCGCAGCCCUCGCCUCCACGGCCGUCGCCGUCGGCUCCCCGUCCGCCGCCGGCGCAGGUCAGACACAGACUCAGCAGCAGCACCACACCGCGCAAGAGGUCAUCGCCAAGCUGGGCCUGAUCCCCAACGUCGAGAAGGGCUACUACAUCGAGUCCUUCGCCGACGCCGCCAAGGUGGUCUCGGCCGCCGCCGCCAACGCCAGCGCGCCCGCCAGGGCCGCCAGCACGGCGAUCUACUACCUGCUCGAGGGCGCCGACGGCGAGUCGCGCUGGCACCGCGUGCUCGACGCGCCCGAGGUGUGGCACUACUACGCCGGCGCGCCGCUCGUGCUGUCGCUGUCGCUCGACGACGGCGCGGCCCCGACCAGGAGGGUGCUGGGGCCGGACGUCUUUGCCGAGGGGCAGCUGGAGCAGCGGCCGCAGGUGGUGAUCCGGACGGGCGAGUGGCAGAGGGCGAGAAGCUUGGGGGAGUGGACGCUCGUGGGGACGACUGUUGCGCCCGGUUUCUCACCCGAAGGGUUUGAACUGGCUCCUGAAGGAUGGGAGCCGCGAUGCUCUUAA